UAUCACUAGCCGAAGCCCGUGUGAAACGACUGUCGACAUCUUGGAAAAUAGUGGCGUCCCGUCGGUGAAGUGUGCGAAUUAAUUUCCACAUUAUUUAUCCAAGAAUUCGGUGUUUAUUGAUUGAGCCCUUCGCACCGGGAGAAGAGCGCAAUUCGUGACAAUGGCUGAGUACCUGGCCUCAAUUUUUGGUACCGAAAAGGACAAAGUAAACUGCUCGUUUUACUUCAAAAUCGGAGCCUGCAGACAUGGGGACCGAUGCUCCAGAAUUCAUAACAAACCGACAUUCAGUCAGACAUGUUUGCUCCAAAAUCUGUACGUAAACCCUCAAAACUCAGCAAAAAGUGCGGAUGGCUCCCAUCUGGUUGCCAACGUCUCGGACGAGGAGAUGCAGGAGCACUACGACAACUUCUUCGAGGAUGUAUUCGUCGAGUGUGAAGACAAGUACGGCGAAAUCGAGGAGAUGAAUGUCUGCGACAACCUGGGUGAUCACCUAGUGGGAAAUGUUUACAUCAAGUUUCGUCGUGAGGAGGACGCAGAGAAGGCAGUCAAUGAUCUUAACAAUAGAUGGUUCGGGGGACGUCCUGUUUACGCUGAACUAUCACCAGUUACGGAUUUCAGGGAGGCCUGCUGCCGUCAAUAUGAGAUGGGAGAAUGCACGAGAUCUGGUUUCUGCAACUUCAUGCACUUGAAGCCAAUCUCCCGUGAAUUGCGUCGUUACUUGUACAGUCGUAAAAAGGGUGGCGGUGGUGGAGUCGGAGGUGGUGCUGGCGGCGGGGGCGGAGGAGGCGGCAGUGCUAAGGGACGCUCAAGGUCUCGUUCACGAUCACGCGGUCGUGAUCGCAAGCGCAGAUCCCGAUCUCGCGAGCGCAGAUCGCGGUCCAAGGAGAGACGCAAGGGUCGAGAUGACAAAGGGCGGGAUGGACGCUCUGGAAGAUAUUAGCAUACGUUCGUCGGUUUAAUUACUACUGUAUUUGACAAUUCUAUGAUAACUUUUAAUAAAAUUCAAUGGGCAGGCACGUAGAA